CGACUUUCAAAUACGUUAUUUAUUUACAAUUAUCUAAAUAUAAAUUAUAUAAAAAUGUAGGCAAAAUCAUAUGAAUUAAAAUAAAUAGAAAAAAAUUCUUAAAAUAAUCAAAAAAAUGGUCAUUGCGGCGCUACUCUUAACAGGCGCAUCUUUAACAGCGAGUGUGCUAGUCUUACAAGUUGCAGUUAUACCACUUUUGUUUAAAUAUAGCAAGUCUGUACAACGAAAAAUAGUAUUCUCGAAUUGCAUAAACUAUCCAAAAAAUUUAGACUUCGAAAGUCCUUCCAGCUGUAAUGUGCUGGGAGGUAGGAAUUGUAAAAUACAAUUUCAAUCGACUGUUGAUGAUAAUCCAAUCCAAUUAGGUGUAUGGCACAUAAUACCAUGCUCGCUAUUUCGGGAGUUAUUCAUAAUACACGAUUGCUUAACAUUAGAACAGAGACUUCAAAAUGAACUGAAGAAAUCGAAAAAUACUAUUGUUUUAUAUUGCCAUGGUAAUUCAAAUCAUAGAGCGUCACCACAUCGCUUGACUCUUUACAAAGUUUUUCAGGCGAUGAAUUUCCACGUCAUAACUUUUGAUUAUAGAGGUUACGGAGACUCCAGCCGCGUACGUCCCACAGAGAAGGGCGUCGUGGAGGAUGCUUUUCAAGUGUACUCCUGGUUGAUGGAGUGCGUUCAAGGAAAUAACAAGGUCACCGUUAUUUUGUGGGGACACUCUCUAGGUACAGCGAUAGCAGCUAAUCUAGUUUCAAAUUUAGACAAGCUAUGUUCAGACCGCGGCACGGCCUGUCUGCCGCUUCCCAAAGCCCUGGUACUGGAAGCGCCAUUCAACAACCUCGUUAAUGAAAUAGAAAGGCAUCCAUUUUCAAAACUAGUAUCCUGGUUACCAUAUUACAAGGAUUCGUUCCUGAAGCCGUUCACCUCGUCACCAGAGUACAACUUCACGACAGACCAGUACCUCAGCACCGUUACGAAGCUGCCUGUGCUGAUUUUGCACUCGAAGGGAGAUAAAAUAGUACCUUACGAUUUAGCUGUUAAGCUAUAUGAAUGUUUGAAGAGAUCGAGGGAUGAGAACGGAGGUCCACUUGCAUUUCACGAUUUUGAUAAGGGGCACAAUGAUAUAUGUGAAGCGCCCGACUUGCCUCUCGUUAUUACAGAAUUUAUGAAUACGAUCAAGAAUAAAGAAGAUAUUGAAAACAAUAGCGCAAUGUAA